AUGUCCAACCAGGGGCUUUCUGCUCCUGGCACGAGUGUCUACUCGUCCGACUCAAUGUAUGUCGGCGAUGGAACAUGGGAUUCGCAGCGCAACACCUUCCUGUUGCCCAAUUUACAGGGCUUAAAUUAUGAGACGAUGCGCUAUAAUGGCAUGGGCAAUCGCUUUCGCAACAUGGUCGGCUACAAGGCUAUGAUCACCGCCCACGGUAUCCUCGGUGCUAUUGCCUUCCUCUUCGUCAUCCCUGGAGCCAUCCUGAUGGCCCGAUUCUACCAUCGAAAUCCACGGACCGCCCUGCGAUUUCACAUCUGGCUCCAGAUUCUGGCCGUCUUGCUCUCGACUGCCGCCAUUGUCCUUGGGUUUCAAGCUGUCGGACGUGAGAGAUCCUUGUCCAACCCGCAUCAUGGCAUCGGCGUCGCUCUCUACGCCCUGGUCAUGUUGCAGGCUCUCGGCGGUUCUGUUAUUCAUAAACUGGAAAAGGGCAAAGAGCGAUUUAAGAUUCCUCUAAAGCUCAUGAUUCACCAAUGGCUAGGCCGAGUGAUUGUACUUCUAGGCUUUAUACAGGUUCCUCUCGGUCUCACUUUGUUCGGCUCUCCAUUGGUGUUGUUCAUCCUAUAUGCCAUCUGGUCAUUCUUUCUCUUGGUCCUAUCCUUUGUGCUUUCUUACCAGAAUCAGCCUGAGAUGGGCUUCGACGAUCGUACGACCUACAUUACUGAUGUCACUGCCACCAGUAUCCGGAGCCGAAGAAGUAGGCGAAGCAGAGCAACCGGUCUGGGAGCCCUCGCAACCGCAGGAGCCGCAGGUGCGGGACUAGCGGCGCUAAGAAGUAGAUCUCGAAGCCGCAGCCGUGGUAGACAUGACGGACAACAAACGACAGUGCUCAGUUCUCGUCGGGGAUCCCGCUCCCGUAUCAAUGAUUCCCGUCUUAACGAGUCAGAGUUCACCGACUCCUACCUCAGUGACGAGAAGUACCAAAGUAAUCAGAGGAAGGGAAGCACAUGGAAAGAUCGCAUACUAGGUGCCGGUGCUGCUGCUGGUGGCAUUUUUGCUAUCAAGUCAUUAUUCAACCGCAAGAAGAAGCACCCACCGACGGACACUGGAAGCGAUGUGAGCUACAGUCGUCCUUUGGGACCAUCCGAAGUCACACAAACGGAUCUUAGCAGACUUGAAGAAGGAAGAGCCCCAGAGUCUCCAGCGAAUCGAAGAGAUGACUGGCGUCGCGUUGAAGAAAGAGAAGCUGCUCAGGCGGCGGCCAUGACUGGAAGUCCGUUGCGACAGGGACGACGUCCAGCACGCAGUGGAACGUCUAUGGACUCCUUUGACAGCCGAACAAGCUAUAGCGACGACUUCGAUUCAGGACCGCGGCCACAGUCGUACGGACUAAAAGAGGGCGUGGCGACACUUGGCGUGCUUGGCUUCCUCAAGCACUCCCUCAGCAGACGUGGUAAGAAGAAGGAGGAGCAGCACAUCGAGGAAAUUAGGCAGCAUGACCUAGAAGAAGAACGGAUUGCUCGCAAAAACAGCCAGCGUCGUAAGUAUACUGGCGAUGGACCGAGGAGAGGCAAUAGACCACCGUCAACAAUUCUCUCGGAUAGCGACAUGACUGGUAUGACGCCUUCAGUCGCACGACCCAAGAUACCUCCACCACCCAUGCCUCCUCCAUCUUCGACUAUUGUUCCCACUCGACCAGGAGACAAUCAUGGCCUGCUGUCUGAUUCAGGCUCAGACUUGUAUAGCCCACCCGAUCGCAAGCAACGGCGUCGCACCGAAGCAGGCGCUGCGGCUCUUGCUGGUGGAGCGGCAGGAGUCUCUAACGGAUCUCCUUCGAAGAAAGACAAUGGCCAACGGCGAGACAGCAGAGAUGAGAGUGUCGUAUCACCACCUGUAUCCGUCAAGGUCAAGAUGCAUAAUGAUGGACGACACGUAACUCUUCGGCGCCUCAAUGAGGAGGAGGCUGCAGCCGAGCGAGAGGCCAGAAGGAAGGAACGACAGCGCAAGAACCGCACAGGCAGCGAGAGUUCAAUCGGCAACUUUGACAAUGAUCGCUGGCGCCGAACGGAAGCUAGAGAAGCCGCACAAGCUGCAGAGAUGGGGCAGAUUCCUCCGCCUCCUCCAAUGCCGGGAACAGCUGCUGCAGGCCCCUCCCAAGUACCGCCUCCACCCGGUCCACCGCCAGCGGGCCGUCCAACUCCCGGUAAUAUUGCACUGUCGCCUCCACCUGCGAUGCCUGGUGCACAAGCCAGUGUGUUGAGCAGCCCCAUGGGUACACAAUUACACGGCACCGAGACCGAUCUCAGCAACUACGACUCGAACCGCAGGCGGCGGCGAGCGGAGAGGGCACAGGCAAAGCAGGCCAGACUGGGCGGAAGUCGUGUCGAGUUUUCGUAA